UCAUGUGGCGCUAGUCUCCGGAUUCCACGGCGAAACCCAAACCCCUUCUCCCCCGAACCCAGCAACUGCGGCGGCGGCGGCGCGUUGGGAUGGCUGACGACGCGGAGGGCGAGCAGGCCGCGGUUGUGGUGGACGGGAAUCCUCCGCCGCUGUCGAAGAGCGCGAGGAAGAAGCUGCUGAAGCAGGAGCGGCAGGCGGCGCGGAAGGCCGAACGGAAGGUGGCGGACAAGGAGCGCCGGCGGGCCGACUUGGACAGGCGGAGGCGCGAGUGGGAGGAGGCGUUAGCAGCGGCGCCGUCGGAUGAGGCGCGCGAGGAGAUGUUGGCGGCGCGGAGGGAGACACGGCGUGAGAGGGUGGGCAAGCGCGUGGAUGAGCGCGGCGCGCGCGCCGAGAGGCUCCGGCGCGCCGCCGAGGGCGCCGGGCAGAAGGUGGUGCUCGACCUCGAGUUCGCCGACCUCAUGCGGCCCAACGAGCUUCACAGUCUCACGCAGCAGAUUAUGUACUGCUAUGCAGUGAACGGGAGAUCAGCAACGCCUGCUCAUCUAUGGUUGACAGGUUGCAGCGGAGAAAUGGGGACCCAGCUUCAAAGGAUUCCUGGAUUUGACAAGUGGAUCAUUGGAAAAGAGGCCAAGCCUUAUCUUGAAGCAUUUGAAGAUUGUAAAGAAAACCUUGUGUAUCUUACAGCGGAUGCUGAGACUGUGCUUGAUGAUCUAGACAUGUCUAAGAUAUAUAUCAUUGGUGGUCUAGUGGAUCGGAACAGAUGGAAAGGCAUAACACAGAAAAAGGCAGUUGAUCAGGGCAUUCAAUCUGCCAAGCUUCCCAUUGGAAAUUAUUUAAAGAUGUCAAGUUCUCAGGUUCUUACAGUUAAUCAAGUGUUUGAGAUAAUGCAAAAGUUUGUGGAAACUAAGGACUGGAAGACUGCAUUCUUUCAUGUGAUCCCACAGAGGAAACGAGGAGAAGCUGGAGCUGCAGAUGAUAAGGUCGAAGCAAGCAUGGAUGAUUCUGCUGCAGCUGAAGGCGCUGCAAAUGGAGAUCAUUCAGAGGAAGACAUUGACAAGGGUUUUCAUGAGGAAAUAGAUAAUGAUGAUGGUGGUGAUAAAGAACUAGAAGAGGGAGAGUCCGACGUGGCUAUAAAAAGGCAGUGUGUUAGAAAUGAAAACGGAGAAGCUGGGGAUCAAUCUUCCAGCGCUGCUGCAGAGGCCACACCAGCAGGAGGUGCCAUCGCCCAGACUGAGUAGAGCAAAGAAAGACAUGGUGCCAUCGCUUCUAGGUGCACCAUUAUUUUUUAGAACUGUUUUGUUUAACUAGGCAUACAUACUUUGUAGUGCUCUCUUUGAUAUCCGGGUAUUUCUGUUGGGUGGUCAGAGAUAAUGUAUACUGUGGUCAAGGACUGCAUAAUACUGAAGGAUAACAGGGUGCUGUCAUUUUCUCAUACUUGUUGUCUACAUCUUAGAAUUCAGAAACAUGGAUCCUGCCUACAUUAUUUUUCGUGACAAAGGGAAUAGAGCUUUUCCUUU